AUGCGCUUCACCACGACUAUUCGCCUCCUAGUAGUGGCCCUUUUCUCUUCUCUUGCAGGUGCACAACUUGCCCCGGCACCUGCUGUCUGGCCAAACUUCUGGUACAAAGGGCACGUUACCAAUAAAGCUACCUUUGAGUACAACCCAACGAAUGAGUUCAUCUUCCCUAGUAUCUUCCAUGCAGGAGAAUAUCUAGACGACCCUCUCGGAGAAUGGUAUUUGUACUACGCACCUCACGAGAACCCAGGUGGUAUCUCGCUAGUAUACUCUGAUAGUCUCGAGGGGCCGUGGAAGGAGUAUCCCAACAACCCAGUCAUCGCCAACAAGUGGGACUCAUAUUACUCCGUCCCUCACGUCUCAAGCCCAGAUGCAAGUUGGAACUCCGAUGCUGGGAGAAUGUUUCUUUACUUCCACGGCGAUAACACACAAACGCGCUGGGCAGAAUCAAGCAACGGCGUUGACUUCCGUUACGGCGGCGUAGCAGUUAACAACCAGAUGAGUGGCUCCAACACCACAGAAUCAAGCUACGCUCGUGUAUUUGCGCAUCCCAACCCAGCUUCCAAGUACAACUACGCAAUGUUCUACAUGGCCAAUGAAAAAGACAACAGGCGCAAAAUCCGUCUUGCUGAAUCUGUCGAUGGUCGUAAAUGGACCGUUGAUUCAGAUUAUGUUGUUCAGCCUGGUGGAACUGAGGGGACAGAUGUCUCGGGUGCGAAUUACUGGACGUGGAAUGGGCAGGCGUAUGUUAUUUACCAUGGUUCUUCGGGUAAGAUUUACGCGAGGACUAUUGAUCAGACAUUACGGGAUGUUGGAGCUGAGCCGAUUUUGCUAUAUCAGUCGAGAGGGAAGGGGGAGGAUGUUGGCCGGGUCGCGGCGCCGGAUAUUGCGAGUUCUGGAGGGAACACCUACUUAUUUUAUGAAUCUGGGGAUAGGUUGGGCGCGACCAUUGCUUGGGCUAAAAUGCAGAAGCAGUGA